GUGCGAUAAUACGGAAUACAAAGUUUGAAUAACGAUAUCUUGCAUUUCUUUGGAGGUGCUCUAACAGAAGAACGUUGCCGUUUAACACCUACCGCUUCGCCUUUAUAUUAGUAGCAUCUGUGGAAUCUGUAGCAUCUGCGGCAUUGGAUAUUGCCAAUGAUGAUUCCUUCAGCUCUUCAUCGAUAAAACCCCCGACCUUACCUGUCCAUGCAAUCGUUGCUCCGCAUCUCCGCUCCUGGCACCCUUCGAACCCUCCACCGCGCACCACGAUGCCGGUUGGACUCAAUUGCCAAUGGAGCGGUUGUCUCAGUUUCUACUACUCGGACAUCUCAUCCCCAAUGCUUCUCGGUAGCCCCACGACUCCAUAAGAAGAAGGACUCCGCCGAAACGAGCAAUGAGGGGGAUGUCCAAUCGCUCAAGAUCCCCCCGUCCAAAGCAUCGCGGUCUGCUAUUAGCGCCACAUCUCUUCGGAGAGUCGCCGUCGAGGCCGAGCGGUCACGAGGCACGUAUCUCCGACAGAGAGGCGGGCGUCACUUCGUCGACCCCGAUGCGGUGACCAAGAAAGUCUUCGCGUAUUGCGCCGCCGAGCGAUACGACAUCGCCGCCGUGGCGCGCCUGGUCCGCCACGACGGCUUCGUCCUCGACCCGUUCCGCACGGGGCUGUAUCCCCAGGUAGUGCAUGUCCAGACCCCGAUCUACCCCGAUCACCUCACCGAACCGGAGAAGCUGGACGGCCACGGCGAUGUGUUUAUCUUCCCGUCUGGGACCAUGGUGGCGUGGAACGUCCCGGAGAAGAUCCGCACCCGGCUCGUGCAGACCGUGCUGGCGCCCGCGGCGGAGAACCCCUUCGAGCCGGAAACGGACAACUUGGAGUAUUUGGAGGAUCCGUCCAACGACGUUAGCUCCGUCGUGGGCGACACGAUCGUGCUCGGCACGCGGUCCGAGAAAUCUGGCUUGAGUCGUACCGUGCCGAGAACUCAUGAAGAUGGGCUCGACCCGAUGCCGCCUGAAGGCACCGGGCAGGAGCAGCAUCCGAUGGAGUCGCCGGAGGGCGACACGAUCCUCGCCAAGAUUGCCUUCUCCUCUGGCCUCGCGCGGUCCACCAAGCUGCAAGUCCUGGAAACGCUCCUCGACCACUACUUCGAGUCGACCCGGUCCAUCCCGCUGGAGCUGUCGCGGGGCAAAAGCCUCCCGUUCGGCCGGCAGGGCAUCCUGCGCAAGACGGGCGAGCUGCUGAACAUCCGCGCGCAGCUGAACCUCUACUCCGAGCUGACGGACUCGUUGCCCGACAUCUUUUGGGACAGCCGGCAUGAGCUGGGGCUGGAGGGAUAUUUCGACAACGUGGGACGCGCGUUGGACGUGGGCGUGCGCAUUAAGGUGCUCAAUGAGAAGAUGGACUAUGCGCAGGAGAUCGCCGCCGUGCUGAGGGAGCGGCUCAGUGAACAGCAUGGCACCAGGCUAGAAUGGGGUAUCAUCGUUCUCAUUAUGAUCGAGGUGCUCAUUGAGUUCCGAAGGCUCUUCCUCGAGGAUGCGCCUACCGAGGAAGACAUGAAGAUGCUGCGGGAGUGGAGGCGUAAAACGGAGCAGGACAGGACCAUUUCGGAUAAAAACUAAACUUAUAGGCUGGGAGUUGCGAGAUCGUCUAGUUCUCUCCACUUUCAUCCUCCUUGGGCAAACUAUUGCUGGCUAGGAAUGAAUCACCGCAACGAAGUUAUGCUAUCCUCGCUCACAUCAACUCAUAGACAAUUUAUUAGGCCCUUGAUCCCUCAAGCGUACAGU